AUGGAUGUCUCACUAUAUGUCUACGACCUUUCAAAGGGUCUGGCCCGAAUGUACUCCCUUGCCUUAACAGGGACACAAAUGGAUGCCAUCUAUCAUACAUCCAUUGUCCUUAACGGGAUCGAAUAUUAUUUCGGCCAGGGUAUCCAGACCGCUGCUCCAGGGAGUACCCAUCAUGGACGGCCCAUGGAGGUCGUGAAGUUAGGCACCACUGAGCUUCCAAACGAGGUUAUUGAAGAAUAUCUGGGCUCAUUGGCAACCAUUUAUACACCUGAGUCAUACGACCUUUUUCUUCAUAACUGCAAUAACUUUACUCAAGACCUUGCAAUGUUUCUUGUCGGUAAAAGUAUCCCGGACCACAUUAUCAAUCUACCGCGCACUUUUCUCGAAACCCCAUUUGGGCAAAUGAUGAAACCUCAAAUCGAGAAUGCUCUCAAGGGUGUCACUCAAGGCACCGGAACAGGUCCUGCCCCUGGGCCAAGUGCUCAACCUACCACAGUGAGGGCUGUCCCUCCCGCACCUCAGCCAGUGCCACACCCAGGAGCGGGCACAGUCCGCAUCGUGAGCAGUCUCAGUCAGCUACAAAGUGAGCUGUCUGGUGCUUCCCAUUCCUGCGCCGUUAUCUUCUUCACAUCGUCAACAUGUCCGCCAUGUAAGGCUGUCUACCCAACAUAUGACCAACUCGCAGCGGAAGCGGGUGAGCGAGGUACUCUUAUCAAAGUCGACAUCGGCGUAGCUCGCGAUGUUGGCAUGAAGUACAGUGUGCGCUCAACUCCUACCUUUAUGACAUUUUUGAGGGGCCAAAAGCUGGAUCAAUGGAGCGGCGCAACCCCGGCCAAGCUAGUGGGAAACGUUCGUAUGUUGUUAGAGAUGGCACACCCGGCCCACCCCCAUCGUCAACUACGACUUCCCAGUCUUCAGCGAGAGGUUACGACCUUCGUCAUGUAUAAGAAGGUUCCACCACUCGAAAAGCUCCUCCAAAAACUUCCUAUCGCAUUCAAGGAAGGCCACGGUGUCGCACAGGUGAUUGAAUUUGUGAAGCUGCGUCACUCAACCACCGGACCUGUCGCCGAUAUCAGAGUCCCUGAUUUGCAUACAUUUGCCACAACGUUGACCUCCGCAUACUCGAAGCUUCCCAGUGGCAGUCAUUUUGCCGUGGUCGAUCUAGUUCGUCUCCUUCUGCUUGACCCACGUGCAAGUGGCUACUUUGCCGAAGAAGCUCAACACGCAACCCUCCUCACUCUCCUUGCACCGCUAUCCCAAGACGAUUUAACGUCAUGUCCAUACAAUCUCCGCAUCGUGGCCCUCCAACUAGCCUGCAAUCUCUUCAGCACACCCCUCUACCCAGAGCAACUCACCUCCUCCUCAUCCCCACUCCGCGAGACCUGCCUCCGUCUCGCGACCAACUCCCUCCUAGACUCACAAACCAGCCUCCGCGUUGUCGCCGCUUCUUUUGCAUACAACCUUGCCUCAUUCAAUCAUAACGCUCGCUUCGAUGGAAAGCCCGAUCCUCUAUCCGAGGAAGAUCAGGUCGAACUGACCGCGUCGUUGCUUGAGGCUGUUUCGCGGGAGAACGAGAGCGUGGAAGCCUUGCAUGGGUUGCUGUUUGCUCUGGGGCUUCUUGUGUACGAAGCUCCGAUGGAUGGGUCUCUAAUUGAUCUUUGUCGCGCUAUGGGUGUGGCCGAGACGAUUUCUGAAAAGAUGAAGGUUGAGGCUGUACACAAGGAGCCGCUUCUUAAAGAGAUACGAGAACUUUUUGGCAAGGGGCUGUAA